AUGGGAGCGUGCCUCUCCACAUGUCUCGGCUCUGCAUCGGUCGAAAAAGAUAAAGGAAAUGUCGACGAAAGCAAGGUUCAGAAGCAUCCUGACAUUGGCGGUAGUCGAACCGGCGACGAUAACUGCGACGGAGCGAAAAUACAAAACGCCAAGUACCCCAGAGACGAUAAGAGCAUUCCAUUAGGUCUCCGGACCGACUUCGGUUAUAAGCGCGACUUCGAGAAGCAUUAUAAGACCGGGAAGGAGCUGGGACACGGGCAAUUCGGGACGACUUAUGAGUCGAUACAACUAGCGACGGAUAAUCGCGUGGCCGUCAAGGCAAUUCAAAAGAAAUCGAUGAAGCAGCCAAUAGCGGUGGAGGACGUGGAGAGGGAGGUGAAGAUCCUGCAGCUGCUGUCGGGCCAUCCCAACGUGGUUCAGUUUAUCGACGUGUUUGAGGAUACGGAGCUCGUGUACAUUGUCAUGGAGUUGUGUGAAGGAGGAGAACUGCUUGACAGGAUUUUGGGCAAGAAGGACAACCGGUAUUCGGAGAAGGACGCGGCGAGUGUUGUGCGGCAGAUGCUCAACGUGGUGGCGCGCUGCCACCUCAACGGCGUCGUGCACCGCGACCUCAAGCCCGAGAACUUUCUGUUCGCCAACAAGAUGGAGGAAUCGCCUCUCAAGGCCACCGACUUUGGCCUUUCAGACUUCAGAAAGCCGGGCAAGCACUUCACGGACGUGGUGGGCAGCGCCUACUACGUGGCUCCUGAGGUGCUGAAGAGGCGGUCGGGGCCGGAGAGUGACGUGUGGAGCAUUGGGGUCAUUACCUAUAUCCUGCUGUCGGGCAGACGACCGUUCUGGGAUAAAACGGAGGCUGGGAUUUUUAACGAGGUACUCAAGAAGAAGCCCGACUUCAGGGAGAAGCCAUGGCCACAGAUCUCAGCGAGCGCCAAGGACUUUGUCAAGAAGCUUCUCAAGAAGGACCCGCGCGCCCGCCCCACCGCUGCGCAAGCCCUCUCGCACCCGUGGGUGAAGGAGGGAGGCAAUGCGUCGUCCAUCCCGCUGGACAUAGCAGUGCUGUCCAACAUGAGGGAGUUCGUCAAGUACUCGCGCCUCAAACAGAUGGCGCUCAAGGCACUAGCGACCACCCUGGAGAGCGCAGAGGUGCAGCAGCUGAGGGACCAAUUCAACGCAAUGGACAUCAAUGGGGAUGGCACCAUCACCAUCGAUGAGAUUCGACAUGCACUCAACAAGGACCUCCCAUACGAAGUGAAGGAGUCCAAAGUGGUGCAGAUAUUGCAAGCUAUGGACACCAACUGCGAUGGCAUAAUUGACUUUGAUGAGUUUGUGGCGGCCACGCUGCACGUGCAGCAGCUGGAGGAGGCCGAUUCAGCUAAGUGGGAGGAGCGGUCUCGGGCGGCGUUCAACCACUUUGACACGGACGGGGACGGUUUCAUCGAUGCAGAGGAGCUGAGAGUGGCGGCGCAAGUCAAGGGUUCCCUGGGCCGAUUGAUAGACGAGGGGGAUGUGGACGGGGACGGGCGAAUCAGCUUGCCCGAAUUCCAGAAGCUUCUGCGCUGCGCCAGCAUUAACUCUCGCACUAACACCACCUCGCGAUCGCGCGGCCGCUCAGGCUUCGGAGCGAUCGCCGAGUAG